UGAAUUUUAAAAUUUUAUUAAUGAUACUUUUAUGUAAUUUUCCUUACUACUUUGCUAAUCGAGCAAAUUCACAAAAAUUGAUUGUGGAAGAUAUAAGUGAUACAAAAGAAUUUAAAAAAUUACUUAGGACUAAAACAAACGUUCUAAUAUGUUUUAUAAAUUCAUCAUCAAAACAAACACAACCUGUUAUAAAAGUGUUUCGUGAGGUUGCACAAGUGAUCAAAGGUCAGGGAACCAUGGUCCUUAUUGACUGUUCGCUAGAUGCUAAAAAGCUAUGUAAAAAGUUAAAGGUAGCACCAGAUCCACACGUAUUAAAACAUUAUAAAGAUGGUGAAUUUAAUAAAGAUUACGAUAGAAAAAUCAGUGUCACGUCAAUGGUUAAUUUCAUGCGAGAUCCUACAGGAGAUAUCCCAUGGGAAGAGGAUAGCUCUGCUGAAAAUGUAGUACAUAUACCGGAUGCAGGGGCGUUGUCAAAAUUUUUUAAAAAGGAAUAUAGGCCUACAAUGGUGAUGUUCUAUACACCAUGGUGUGGAUUUUGUAAACAAUUAAAACCUGAUUAUGCAGCAGCUGCCGUUGAAUUAAAAGAUCAAGCAGUAUUAGCUGCGAUUGACGUGAAUCGCCCAGAAAAUGCUGUUAUUCGUACUCAAUAUAACAUAACUGGCUUCCCAACAUUAUUAUAUUAUGAGGGUGGUAAACUUAAAUAUCAGUAUGAAGGUGAUAAUAAUAAAAACGCAAUUAUAAAUUUUAUGAAAAAUCCACAACAAAAGAGUGUUAAAGUGAAAGAACCAGAAUGGUCGGAUAUUGAUAGUGAAAUUGUACAUUUAACAACUGAAAGUUUUGAUCCGGUAUUAAAAGAUGAACAGUCUGUAUUAGUUAUGUUUUAUGCACCCUGGUGUGGACAUUGUAAACGUAUGAAACCAGAAUAUGAGAAAGCUGCUAAUGAAAUGAAAAUGAAAGAUAUAAACGGAAUGUUAGCAGCAUUAGAUGCUACGAAAGAAACAGCAAUUGGACAACGUUUUGGUGUAAAAGGCUAUCCCACCCUUAAAUAUUUCUCAUAUGGCGAAUUUAAAUUUGAUGUCAAUAUACGGGAUGCUGGCAAAAUUAUAGAAUUUAUGCGUGAUCCAAAAGAACCUCCACCACCCCCACCACCAGAAAAAUUGUGGUCGGAAGAAGAGAGUGAAGUUGUACAUUUAAAUGAGGAAACAUUUAAACCAUUUCUUAAAAAGAAGAAACAUGUUUUACUUAUUUUUUAUGCACCUUGGUGCGGUCAUUGUAAGAAAUCAAAACCAGAAUUCACAGCUGCUGCUGAAGUAUUUAAAGAUGAUCCACGCGUUGAAUUUGCGGCUGUAGAUUGUACACAACAUCAAACGCUUUGUAAUUUGUAUGAUGUAAAAGGAUAUCCAACAAUUAUAUAUUUUCAGUAUUAUAAAACUCAUAAACCUUAUACUGGUGGCCGAACAAAAGACGACUUUGUGCGUUUUAUGACACAUCCAGAUUCAGAAUCUACUUUAAAAAGUGAUCAAGAUAACUUAGUUCGAGAUUUAAGCUACGUUAAUUUUGAUAAUGUCGUUCAAAAAUCGAAUGCAGUCUUUGUCUUAUUUUACGAUAAAAGAUGUGUCGAUUGUAAAGAUUUAAAACGGGAAUUUAAUAAUCUAGCUACCGAUUUACAAAAUAAUGUACUUAAUAAAGAGAAUGGAGUAAUAGUGGCAUCUGUUGAUUGUGAUGUAAAUGUAGACAUUGCAAAUAAAUAUAAAAUAAAACAAUUCCCAUCAAUAAAAUUAUUUAAAAAAGGUGGUGAAUAUAUAGAAGAUUAUGUCGGUAAUAAAAGUGUAAAAGAUAUGAAAAACUAUUUAUCUAAAAAAACAAAAGGCAUAAAUAUUCGAGAAGAGUUGUAACUUGAAUUUUUCUUUUUUGUAUAUUUUUUACUA